UGGGUCCAUUUUUUCUCAAUCGGAUAAGAGCGGCUCGAGAAGCUGCAGCCCGAAUAACACGUACCCACGAGAGAAACACUUUAUGUUUAUGUUCAUGUUAAUUCACCGGAGAGGAAACAACGGCAACGACAACGAAGUACGCGACGCAAUUCAGGUCCAUACGGUCGUUGGGAUCGAGUUUUCCCCGGUUGCAGGGCACCGUUUUCCACGCUGCCAGAGGAAAAAACCCUGCGCAUUCCUGCACGCAGAGAGCCAGAGAGGGAGCCUGGACGACAGACUAAGCGGUCGAGGGGAGCAGAAAAACGGCCACUUCACGAGGUGGACCGGUGAAUACACUCCCUGGAGUCUCGUGAAAGACGCCCUGUCUGAUGUUUGGGCUCCCUGUGUUUUGUUUUUGAUGACCCAAGGCACACUAUGAGAUUGUUGCUUUGAUGAAUAAUUUACGGUCUCGCGGUCCGAGGCUCGCGCUGCGACUACCAACCGACCGUUGGCGGCGCCCGACGCCGCCUGAAAGCCCCCCGACCGUGGACUAGAGAGGGAAAACACAACGACGACACGGGUCUUAAUUGGAGAGCAGAGAAGAAAAUAAAAUUAUAAAUUGAUAGUCGUCUUGGUGCUGUUUUGUAGCGCAGAGCCCCGUAGUCAUGUUGACGAGUCGGUUGGGGAGGAGAGACGAAGCCCCCAGUACUUCGACGCCGAACCAGUGUCUGUCCAGUUUCGGGUUUAUUUUAUGAGCCUCCACGAAGCACCAUCGGACACUUUUUCUCGCCCAUUGUAAGCUUUCUGGUCUUGUUUGAAAGAGUGACACAGAUGCUUCACCCACGCCUUAAACAACCGAAUUGAUGUGAUCAUAACAGCCUAAGUAUUUUUCUUUUUGUUACCUCAGAAACUAUCUUUGAAGAACUGCCUACCUCCUUAUUUUGCAUCAGGUCAGAGCUGUAUAAUACAGAGAGAAAUCUGUAAGUCGAUGACUCUACCUCAAAGUUUUUUUUUUUCUUCAACACUACGGGUCGAUGUGACCCCAAAUAAAUACCUCAAAUUCAUCGCUGCGCAUGUUGUGAACUGAGCCUGCAGAUGGCUUCGUUUCCAGAGUCGGACCUGCAGACCUGCCCACUCUGCAAGGAGCUGUGUGGCUCCUCUGCUCCUAUUUCUUCCAGCUCUUCUACCUCUUCAUCUUCCUCACAUACGUCGUCCUCCUCUAGCCAGACCACCAGGAGGCUCCACGUCCUGCCCUGCCUCCAUGCCUUCUGCAGGCAGUGCCUAGAGGGCCAGCGUAGUCCCGGGGACCCACUGAAGCUGCGUUGCCCCACCUGCGACCAGAAGGUGUGCAUCUCGGAGGCCGGAGUGGACUCCCUGCCUUCCUCCAACUUCCUCUUCAGCAACCUGCUGGACGUGGUGGUGAGCUCUGAGGAGCACAUUCAGAACAAGAAUGGCCACCACCACCGGGGAGGCUUAGGUGGAGGUUCCUCUGGCUUCCAUCACCCUCGUAGAGGCCUGCUUCACCCUAACCACCUGGGAGAGCCUCAGUGCAGCUCCUGCGACGAGGAGAACCCAGCCACCUCCCACUGCCUUGACUGCCAGGAGUAUCUGUGUGACAACUGUGUGCGGGCACACCAGAGGGUGCGGCUGACCAAAGACCAUUUCAUCGAGCGCCUGAGAGAGAACCUCCACCUGGGCCGGAUCAACGUCAAUCACAAUCCAGGCAAGCCAGGGGUGUCGGUAUCCCUCACCCAGUCUCUGCAGAACAACUUUUCCCUGCUGUCCCUGUUCCAGGACCACAUGAGCUUCUGCCAACACCAUGACAAUGAGGUGUUUCUGUUCUUCUGUGAAUCCUGCUCGGUGCCUAUCUGUCGGGAGUGCAGUGUGGGCCGUCAUAUGGGCCACACCUUCGUUUAUUUACAAGAUGCUGUACAGGACUGCAGGGCCAUCACCAUCCAGCUGCUGUCGGAUGCUCAGCAGGGACGUCAGGCGGUGCAGCUAAGCAUGGAGAAGGUCCAGGCCAUGGCAGAACAGGUGGAGAUCAAAGCCAAGGUGGUGCAGACGGAAGUGAAGGCGCUUGUGCUCAGACACAAGAAAGCUCUGGAGGAGAGGGAGUGUGAACUACUGUGGAAGGUGGAGAAAAUCCGUCAGGUGAAGGCCAAGUCUUUGUACCUGCAGGUGGAGAAACUGCACCAGAGUCUGACCAAGUUGGACAGCACCAUCGCUGCUGUCAGCCAGGUGCUGGAUGAGGGCCGCCACCUCGACGUGCUGCUGGCCAGAGAGCGAAUGCUCACCCAGAUCCAUGAACUCAAGGCUUUGUGGGGCCUCCUGCAGGCGCAAGAGGACGACCGGUUCAUGUUCACUCCUCCAGACCAGGCUCUCCACAUAGCCAUCCAGUCCAUGGGCCUCAUCAGCAGCGGAGCCUUUGCCACUGUCACCAAAGCCCACGGUGAGGGUCUAAAAACUGCGCUUUGUGGCAAGCCCGCCUCCUUCACUGUGAUUGGAUAUGACCACGAUGGCGAGCCACGCCUUUCCGGCGGGGACACGGUGUCUGCAAUAGUCAUGGCAGUCACAGACAGUAACCUGUCCACAGUGGAGGUGAUGGACCACCAGAAUGGCUCGUACACCGUCAGCUACCUGCCCAAAUGUGAGGGGGAGCACCUCGUGUCGGUGCUGGUGUGUAACCAGCACAUCCAGGGCAGCCCCUUCAAGGUGAUCGUGAAGUCAGGGCGGAGCUACGGCGCCCUGGGCUCCCAAGUGUCGUCCUUCGGGAACGAGGGGGAGGGAGAUGGUCAGCUGUGUCGUCCCUGGGGCAUCAGCGUGGACAAGGAGGGAUACGUGGUGGUGGCCGAUCGCAGCAACAACCGCAUACAGAUAUUCAAGCCUUGCGGUGCCUUCCACCGUAAGUUUGGCUCUCUGGGUUCUCGGCCCGGUCAGUUUGAUCGUCCGGCGGGGGUUGCCUGUGACAGUCAGAGACGAAUCAUUGUGGCUGAUAAGGACAAUCACCGUGUGCAGGUGUUUACUUUUGAGGGCCAGUUCCUGCUGAAGUUUGGGGAAAAGGGUACCAAGAACGGGCAGUUCAACUAUCCCUGGGAUGUGGCUGUCAACUCUGAGGGUAAGAUCCUGGUCUCAGACACCAGGAACCACCGCGUGCAGCUCUUCGCCCCUGACGGCUCUUUCCUGAACAAGUACGGCUUUGAGGGGGCCCUGUGGAAACACUUUGACUCUCCCAGAGGAGUGGCCUUUAACCACGAAGACCACCUGGUGGUGACCGACUUCAACAACCACAGGCUCCUGGUCAUCCGGCCGGACUGCCAGUCGGCUCGCUUUCUGGGCUCCGAGGGCAUUGGGAACGGGCAGUUCCUGCGGCCCCAGGGCGUCGCCGUGGACCAGGAGAACCGCAUCAUUGUGGCCGACUCCCGCAACCACAGAGUCCAAGUGUUCGAGCCCAAUGGAAACUUCUUAUGCAAAUUUGGCACACAGGGGAGUGGCUUCGGACAGAUGGAUCGCCCCUCCGGUGUGGCUGUGACGCCUGACGGAGUCAUUGUGGUCGUUGACUUUGGAAAUAAUCGCAUCCUCAAGUUCUAAAAGUUUAUUUUUUAUUUUUUGCAUUCUCUCCCUCUCUUUGUCCUUUUGCAGUUUUCUUGAUGAAGGAAAAGGAGGCGAGAGAAUGAAUCAACAGACACAACAGGAGGCGAGCUCAGAGAGGAUUGAGAGCAUGCUGAAGAGAAGGGAAAUCAAAACUAUAGAUUUUUUUUUCACAUUGCUAUAUUCCCAAUCCGAUAUCUGUGGUAUGUAUGACAAAGGGGACCUCUACAAAUUGAUAAUCAGUAGAAAAAGCCAUAUUUCCAUUCCUUGUUCUCGGCUGCUCUGAAUUCUCUCUGUAAGCUCUACUCAAGUAUCCAUCUCAGGGAUUUUUUCACUUUUCUUGAAAUCUUGUACCCUCUGCUCCAUACCUACCUCAUUUAGCUCUUUAUGAAUGUACUCAUAGUCACUGAGCAGAGGUUGUAGUCCGUGAAGUUUUACAUAGAAAAAAAGCCUACCUCCUAUACUUUGUUAUUUAAGAAAGACAAAAAAAGUUCAGUUACUAUUUGCACAGGAUUAAAGAAAUCCUUGCUGUGCAUUUUGAAAUAUGAGUUAAAGUGAACCUCCUGAAUGUUGUUGCUGAGACAAUACUCAGACCGCUGUAGAGGCUGCAUGAUUUAUUCUCAUUAGAGGGCUUCGCUCGGAGAGGAAACUCGUAGUGUCCUUUUCAUGUGUUUAGGCUAGUUUGUUUUUUUUUUGUUUUUUUUGCGUAUGAAUCGACCCGUAUCUCUUUGUGGCUCUGUGGAGUUCUUAGUGUCACGACAGCCUGAGACGAGAAGGUGACGCGAUGCUAAACUCGAUGGAAUCAAAGUUAGCUCAGGUCAUGGUAGGACUGAUUAAAAUGAUCAGUAUUUUUCAGGCUCUCCCUCUUACUUUAUUGGUGGAUGCCGUUUUUGAUGAAUUUAUGGAGUAAUAUAAAGUUGAGGAAAUGAUCCCUAAAAUAAUAAACAACUUGGAUGCAAAGAUAAGUAUGCAAGGAGAUCCUCUUGAAGGUAGGACCCACCAAAAGAUCUGGAUUUAUUAGCGAUCCUAACGUAGAGAUUUAAUCAUUUUAAUUGAAUGACACCUUUUUUCGAUGAGGCAUGCUGUGUGACAAAAGCCUCACAAGUCAACACCUAAUUUGGCUGUCCAGAGGACAUUAAUGACAUCAACUUAAAGGCCAAACAUUACAAUCCUUUGGAUUUAGAUUGUGGUUGAAAGCCACCUUCCUUCCUCGGCUCCCUGGGGCCUGGGGUUUAGUCCCUAUUUAUUGAUGCUUGGAGUUGAGGCGAGCUAGUAGACCGAUUCCUCUAAAGAUGGAGGUCUAUAGACUACAACUACUAGAUUCAACCAAAGUUAGAAUGUCUGCACAAAAAAUAUUUUCUUUAAUUAAUCAUUAUUGCUGGGAAGUCUAAAGUUCAUAAAAGGCAUGGAGUUGAGUUCAUCACACUGUCCAUGCUAGGCUUAGAAGAAUAAAGUGCACGUGAGUUUAUCGUGCACAAGUACUUUCACUUCCUGCUCUGAGCUGUAGCUGUGUGAAGGCACGUUGUAAAAGAAGAUCCUUUUACUUCUGCAGAGAUGUUCGUGUAGAGAACAGAAGAUGGCCGCACCAAAGAUAACCCCCUCCUCCCCCUCGCGUUCAUCGCCUCAGCCCAUCAAACGAUGAUCCAGUUUUCUCAUUAUUAGACGACCCGUAGGCUCAAAGUAGCAUCUCAGAUUAGCCGUUGUAUCCCGCUCUAAUUACCAUAGAAACUAAUAGCUACUAACUCUGUGUGGUGAAAGCAUUGUGGGGUUUUGAACCCCCUUUCUCUUUUGUUCAAUCUGUGUCCCACUGGAAGCACUAGACAAUUAUGGUUCUGUUAGCCACUUCCUUAGCCUAGCAACAAAUCUUGGGACCUAUGAAAAGAGUGACCGACGGGCUCGCCCCUCUGAGGAGCGGGCCCGUACGCACAUGAUCAGGAUUCACGUCGUCAUAUCUCAGAUGUCCUGUACCUCGACGGUUGUUUCACCUCCUUCCUCGUAUAUACCUCGACUCCUAAAUACCUCAAGUGUGUCACUCAUAGCUACUGUGCAUUUAAACAUUUAAAUACCUCAACUUGUUACACAUUCUGAAUACCUCAUUCUUACUCUUGUAUUUAAGCAUACCUCGUCAGAUAUUUCUGCAUUACAAAUAUACCUCAUCGUUUUUAAUCUUCUUGUGUUACAGUGCAGUGCAUGUCCCGUAGCUCUAGGACCAAAGAUCAUGGUACUGUCUCCAGUUGAAAUAAACAUUUGUUUUAUGGUCAUCGCUGCAUCUUGCGACCCUGAGCAGCUUUUUUGGUUUGUCGAAUCUACUGUAAAAUGCCUUUUAUCAUCAAGAAACCAAAUCUUUCAGAUGAGAGCAUUGUGCCAAAAAAUGAUCUAAGAGUUCUGUGCCAAACGGGGUUGGCAUUGGGACGACAAAUGUCACUGGACCAUUAUAUCAUAGAUGCAAAUGUUGAAUGGGAGCACGCGAGGAUAAUUCCUCUCUCUCUCUCUCGCUCUCGCUCUCUCGCUCUCGCUCUCUGACUGGAUGCACUUAAAAGGGCUGGGCCCAAUUUAUCUUUACCUCAUAAUGAUGACUAACGUGUAUAUUCCACUUGUAUUUUGCGACUCUGUGGAAAGGGUGUGGGGAAGAGGAUGUGUCCUCUUUUAAAGAGUUAAGAACUUCACAAAUCCGCCUUUUUCACGCACAAGAAUUACCUCUAAUUUCAGCACAAUUUACCAGUAUUUCAGUUUGGAUUGUAAGAAGGUUGUGCAGGAGAGAUGGAGGAUUACGCUCGACAACAGCCUGGUUUAUUAUUUAAGCGGAGCUAUUAGCACACAGCCAGUUUGAUUCCACAGACCCAGCUGCUUUGAACUCAACACCUAGUUUCACCAAUAACAUUGUUUUUCAGUAUUUACUCUGUGAAAUGUUCAUUCGUGUUGCAUCAGUUCUUUUUCUUUUGAAUUGCAGAAUUCUAUCUUUAAGAUCCUUAGGUCUCCACUCUUCAAGAAGAAAAAGUUAUUUUAAACCUUUUUUUAAUUUUUUUUUUUUUUAAUUUUUGUUGCAUGCUUUAAAAAGUCUUUGUAUUAUAUUGACGUCUCUCAGAUGGGUGUUGAAAAACUCAAGAUGGGGUGGGGUAACUGACUAUUGGGAUGGUUUUACCAAAAUAUAUACCCAAAGAUUUGUGUGUGUGUGUAUGUGUGUGUGUGUGUGUGUGUUUAGGAUUGCGUUGGAUGGGAUUAACCUUUGACCUUUGCGAUUGUAUUUCCUGUUCUCAAGAGGCUCUGCAGAGCACAACCUGUUCAGCCAGCCAAGCCUCGAUUCCUCAGAAACAAUAGAGGCAGAGUUUUCAGAUAAAUGCAGAAGGCCGGUGCGCCCCUCGACCAUUAGUGCUUAAUUUACUUUAAUUCCCUCUAGUAUGCAUAUUAUACAUUAACAUAUUGUCCUUUCACACCUAAGCCCUAGAACAUUAGGUGAAAGCUUCCUUCUGACCUUAGAUUUACCUUCCUAACAAUAAUGAAUCCAUGUAGUGUUUGCCCUAGUGAUGGGAAGAAGCAGCUAAGUUUCUGCAGCACAAACUAGCAUUCAGCCUCCUUCCUUGUCUUUAUAAGAAUCCAGGAAGUGUGGCGAUGGCUGCUGAGCACGUGAUUGGUCGACUGCACUCCUGGUCGGUCUUAUUAUUAUUCUUAUUAUUAUUAUUGGGCCCCUGUGGUUGUUUAUUGCUGGCCUCUCGCGGCUAUAAGAGAGAGAAGAGAGCAAAGCUGCACCAGGUGAGGUGUGCAAGGUCAUAGACCUCCGUUUAAUGAUUGUAUACUCUAAAGACAGAAAGACAAAAAAAAGGUUGGAAAAUCUAGAAAGAAAGAAAAAAAAAAGAACUCAGGUAUUCUCAGCAGCCCUGCCCUGCAGGUGCCUCGUGGAAAUGUGUCCCGUAGUGAUAAUGUAGUGACCCCCCACCCCUCCCUGUUAUUACCUCUCAGUGCUAGUCUGAUUAUUUUGUGUGCCCCAUUUACAUAUUCUAAAACAAAUUUAUUUCUAAAUCUGAAACGAUAAUGCUUUCAAUUAGUUCCCCUUGAUCAAUCUUUAGGUUUUGUUUUUGCCAAUUGUUUUUCUUUUCUUUUCCAACAAGUACAAAUACGUCACACCACUUGAUGUUCAUUGGCCCUUUUAGAAUGUAUUUUGUGAAGAAAAGGGUUAAAUGGGAUCUUGUUGAUGCUCACUCGCUACAACCGGCUGCUGGUAGCAAUGCAAGACGCCACGCAGAACAUUUUGUCUAACAUUUUGUCUAACAUGUGUUGCUAAAUGUUCCACACCAGCAAUACUUCGAGUAUGAGGUGGAAUCAUGCGUUUGUGGUGGAAACAUGCAGCACCGUGUUUGUAAACCAGCUUUAACGUCAGCCUUACCCAGAUGGGAGGCGUUUGGCCCCGAGGGGCUUACAGCCAGCUCAUUGUGUUUGCGUUGUGUCCUGUUCUCCCAGCCGCCGGUUGUGUGUGUAGUGGAUAUUGUGUUUGUGCGCUGCAUCUGUGUUGUGUAAGCAGAAAUCCACUGAAUGUAUCCUACGAAUAGUCCAAGAGGCAGGAAGAGCCAGCGUGGUCAGCUGAGUUUAGAUGGUUGCUGCUGGCGCUUUCCUCUUCCAGGCCGUCGUGUGUGUGUGUGUGUGUGUGUGUGUGUGUGUGUGUGUGUGUGUGUGUGUGUGUGUGUGUGUGUGUGUGUGUGUGUGUGUGUGUGUGUGUGCGCCUCCCUCAUUAACACACACACUCGCACAUCCUGCUGAGUGUAAGUGCAGAUGUCAGGUCUUCCGUCUAAAUAAGGCAAAGGAGACUAUAAUGUAUUGGCCACCUGCUGCUCUCUCUGUACUCUGUGGACUUUAAACAUUUCCUAUGCAGUUUUUUGUUUGUUUCUUUUGUUUACACGUAAAUAAAGUUUUUUCUUUUCUUUGA